CGACAACGCCUCUCCAUUCAUCAAACAAGGGAAACAAAAUCCAUCGCAGCGAAACGACCUUGUAUCGACAGAGCAGUAAGGGAUAAAAAAAUGAAGAUCACAGCCAUCAACGUCUACCCAAUCAAAGCGCUCCGUCCAAUCUCUCUGGACUCGGCGGUCCUUACGCCGCAGGGCAUCCUCCACGACCGGACAUACAUGCUCUUCAAAGUCGAGCCGGACUCGUCUCUGCGCAAGUUGCAGCUAUCAGGCUUUCCGCAGUGUGCCCUCUUUUCCCAGCAGAUUGUUCCCGCAUCUUCGUCAUCGUCGACUCCCUCACCCAGCGACACCAUCCUCGUGAGGUAUCAUAUCCCGAACCCACCGCUCAUUGACCAUCAUCCCCUCCAAGAUACGACCCUCUCAGUGCCGCUUGUCCCGGACACCUCGGCCUUGGAACCCGUGUCGGUCGAUCUUCACGGCAGUCCCGCCGAGGCUCUCCGCAUGGGAGAACCCUAUGACGCUUUUUUCUCUGCCUGCUUCGGCUUCCCCACCAUCUUGGUCCAUAUCGGCUCCGGCCGUCGCCGCGUGCUCGGCACCUUGGCACCCGGCUCCUCGCCCGCGGAGCAGCCGAAGCAGCAGCAGCAGCAAUCCCCUUCCCUGCUCUCCUCCAUCACCUCCUAUCUUCCCUCUUUCUCAGCCCCUCAGGGCGAGGAAAAGGAAAAGCAGAGCGACGAGCAGGCCUGGCUCACAUUCACCGACUGCGCACCCUACCUGAUAACGUCAAACUCUUCACUUUCGUAUCCACCCCUGGCCCCACUCCAAGAGCAGAGAUCGGACGACGAGCAGAGCCCAGCCUCCAAGAUGAUGGGCAAGUUCCGUCCCAACAUCGUCGUCGACGACCCGGCCGAGGCCCCCUUUGCCGAGGACUACUGGGCCGAGCUCGCCCUGCCCGGCUCGGCGCCGCGCAACGCCAGGUUCCUCCUCACGGCAAACUGCGGCCGCUGCUCCUCGCUCAACGUCGACUACUCGCUCGGUCGCGCCGCCGCGGGGCCCGAGGGGAAGCUCCUCAACACGCUCAUGAAGGAGCGCCGCGUCGAUCCGGGGCACAAGUACGCUCCCGUCUUUGGCCGGUAUGCUUUUCUGGCAGUGGACGAAGGCCACGGCGGAAAUGGAGACGACGUGGAGGGUUCGCGGGUGCGAGUCCGUGUGGGCGACGAGGUCGUCGUCACCAGACGCAAUGCCGACCGUACCGUCUUUGACUGGGACUUUUCGGUGGGAAAGGCAAAGAAGGUUGUGGCUGCUGCCUAGAAAAUUAUCGUCGUAAAGGAUGUAGGAAGGGUCUCACAGGAACACAGACAUCAUCUCUGUAGGUCCGCCGGUUUUAGGGAUGAAACGGCCGUGUAUUAUCUAUCGUCAUGUUCAUGUAUCUGCGCCUAUCACUGGAUCGACAACGUGUUUCCGUAGCAGUCGAAUGAAAAAUGUUGUAUUGACCAGUGCAAAGGUACGCCGUCAUGUAGCAACAAACCGAG